AAUCACCGGUCUCUCCCCCGUCAAUCAGAAACAUAAGUGAUGUUGGUUGAUUUUCUUCUGCCGCACGCCUCCGCCGUCUUCGCCGCUGCACGUCUCCCCGCCUUCGCCGCCGCUGCACGCCUGCUCGCUGCCGUUGCCGUUGCCGUCGCGGCUGCACUACUGAUUUCGUCUACUCUUGGUCUGUUCUCACUCUUACACUUAUCUCUAGCCCAAGGGAAUCCAGCUAGUUCAAAUUUUUUGUCUUUCCAAAAUAUGAAGGGUGCUUGAGGGGGACAAGAAAAGGAGAAAAAUGAGGUUUUUGUGUGUAAAAACAGUUCUACGUUUGAAAGGGUUGAGAGAAUCCUCAAGUCGUCCAUGGCUUUUUUCUGCCAUUUCCUAUUACUCAGAUACUCCCUCCAAGAAGUCUAAGCUUGCCCCUUUACAGGAGAGAAGAAUGGUAGACAGGUUUAAGGUGUAUGCCAAAGGAGGUGAUGGUGGAAAUGGUUGCCAUAGCAUGCGGCGUAGUCGGCACGAUCGCCACGGCCAACCUGAUGGUGGAAAUGGUGGAAGAGGGGGCGAUGUGAUUCUGGAAUGUUCUCCCUCUCUCUGGGACUUCAGUAGUUUAAAUCAUCAUAUUAAUGCAAGCAGAGGUGGACAUGGAUCUUCGAAAAAAAAGAUCGGAACCAGGGGUGAAGAUAAGAUUGUUCAAGUACCUGUUGGCACUGUCAUCCAUCUUGUGGAGGGUGAACUUCCCAGUGUAGUCAAACAACAUUCUUCAACAGAUUUAGAUCCCUGGCAGAUUCCUGGCACACUAGUUAAUGAUAUCUCUGAUUCCCGCCAGACGUCUCUUAAAUAUUCCAACAAAGAAGAGGAAGUCGAAUCAAUAGUUAAGACUACUCUCUUGCCAUGUAAUAAUAGUGACAAUAACACCGGUGAUUCUUCGUUCGGUAGGGAAACCUCUAAAGCUGCUACAUCUUCAAAUGAGAUUUCUCGAGUUUCUGCAUUUCCUGAAACCCCUAGUUCCAUUCAAGACGAGAUUGGAGAAAGUGAAGAAAUGAAAUACAAUGUUGCGGAAUUGACGGUAGAAGGUCAACGAAUAAUCAUUGCUCGUGGAGGGGAAGGUGGUUUGGGAAAUGUUCAUGCUCUCAAAGUUUCAAAGAAGCAUAAAGCCUUGGGGCAAGAGGAUGAGUCCAUAAGUUCUGAUGUAUCUGAAACCAAUGAGUCCAACCCGCGAGCUGGUUUUCCCGGCAGCGAGGCUCUACUUGUUUUAGAGCUUAAAAGUAUAGCCGACGUGGGCUUUGUCGGGAUGCCCAAUGCUGGUAAAAGUACUCUGCUAGGAGCCAUUUCCAGGGCAAAGCCAAUAGUUGGUCAUUAUGCAUUCACAACUCUGAGGCCAAAUUUGGGAAACCUAAAUUAUGAUGACUUAUCAAUCACAGUAGCUGACAUUCCAGGUCUUAUAAAGGGUGCACAUGAAAAUCGUGGACUCGGGCAUGCUUUCUUGCGUCACAUCGAACGUACGAGGGUUCUGGCAUAUGUGCUAGACUUGGCUGCUGCAUUAGAUGGUAAUAAAGGGAUACCCCCAUGGGAGCAGCUGCAAGAUUUAGUUUCAGAGCUUGAACACCACCAGAAGGGGUUAUCGGAUCGACCGUCCUUAGUGGUGGCCAACAAGAUCGACGAAGAAGGGGCCGAGCAAGUGUACGAGGAGUUAAAGUCAAGAGUGCACGGAGUUCCCAUCUUUCCCGUUUGUGCCGUUUUGGAAGAGGGUGUUGCAGAGCUUAAAGCUGGCCUUAAGAGCCUUGUGAAUGGCGAAGCAUUUUAUAGGCUUAAGGUAGAUGACAUUAUUGUUGAUUAGGUGCUUGGAAUGUGCGGUUUGAUUCCAUUUUUGCUGCGACUGAUAGAACUUAAAGAGAUUAUUGAAGAAAAAUAGAUUGAUAUAUUUAUGAAAUUUGCUUACAAAUGAGAAGUCACCACCAGGAGGAAAUCAAGCUAAACCAUUAGAACAAUUCUCCAUUAUGUCAAAUGAAAUUAUUAUAGAAUGCUUUUGUGUUGGAUAUUCUCAACUUGGGAUGCUAAUGGCCACG